GAGUGGAAUCUCCAAGAUAUUUGAUUUCACAAAAUAAAAUUGAAGAAGCGAAAGAAACAUUACAAAAAUUAAGAAAAGGAUAUAACAUUGAUUUAGAAUUUGAAGAAAUUAUUCAGGGACAAUCCAAAAAACAGAUUAACGCUAUUAAUGAUGUUAAUAUCGAGAAAGAUGAAAAAUAUAUACAAACUUCUCUUGUAGACACUGAUGAUCAACUUGGAAUAAAAAAAUCGGCUUCAUUUAAAGAACUUUUACAAGAUUCAUAUUGUCGCAAGAUGUUGUUCGUUUGUAUUGGAACACAUAUUGUGCAACAACUUUGUGGUAUCCAAUCGCAUGUAAGAAAAUUAUUACUGAAUGCAAUGGAUAAACACCCGAAUCACGAUUCCAAAAUUCAACAUAGUGUUUUACUCCAUGUUACUACUUUUAGUAUCGCUCUUGGUACUUUACCAUUCUUCAUUAUCUCAG